GGCUGCAGCAUUCAACACGGGUUCCCAGCUCCUUUACCGCAUCCUCACCGAUCCGGCACUCGCCUCCGGUUUUUGCGGGUUUACUGGACCUUUGAUCAAAAAGGGAGAAAAAGCGGAGGACGCGCAAUGAUUGAAGAGGGGUUCUAGCCGUGGAGACAAGGGAAGGAGCACCAGUGAGAAACGACGGAGUCUGUAGCGACUACAUCCUUUUUUCAGAGCUGCGCAGUGGUAGUGCGGGUUGGUCAUGGUCGGACGGGGACUAUGGGUAUGUAAGUCCCGCUUUGGGAAGCGAGGGAGCAGGCUUGGUGUUUUGUCCUUUCUGUGCGCGGCGACGGCGAGCGCAGCCCUGCUGGCUCUGCUCUUUGUGGACAUCAUCGAGUCCUGGGUCACCUCCAUGAGCAUGAACACGGUGAUGGAGCCGCACGCCGGCAUCAUCCCCCUACAGAGCGUACCUCCCACCAGACCCGAGGAGUUCCUGCUGAUGCCCAGUCCGCUCGUGUGCCAGCGUGCCAAGCCAUACCUCAUCAUCAUGGUUACCUCGGCUCCUGCCAAUCAGAGGGCCCGCCAAGCCAUCAGGGACACCUGGGGAGGGGAGGUCGAGGUGAGGGGCCUGCGGGUCAUGACCCUCUUCAUGGUAGGUGUUGCGUCUGACCCUGGACUGGCCAAGCUGCUGAUAGAGGAGGCCAGAGAGCGAGGAGACUUGGUGCAGGGGCGUUUUCUGGACACCUACUCCAACCUCACCCUGAAGACCCUGUCCAUGCUGGGCUGGGCCCGCCGCUUCUGCCCUCAGGCUCAAUUCAUGGCCAAAGUGGAUGAUGAUGUCCUGUUCAAUCCCAGCGCCCUCCUGCACUUCCUGAACAAGAGCCGUAACCCGUAUGAACAAGGAGACUUGUACCUUGGCAGGGUACAUCUCCAUGUGGCUCCAGACCGUGACCCAGAAAGCAAGCACUAUCUCCCUUCAGGGGCCUACCCUCCCUCUGUCUUUCCAGACUAUUGCAGUGGUACAGCCUAUAUUCUGUCCCGCUCUGCAUUGCUCAAAAUUUCCCUGGCAGCCUCUGCAUCACCUUUAUCCACACCUCUGCCCCCUGAGGAUGUGUUUGUUGGUCUGUGUGCCCGGGCAGCUGGUGUGCUGCCCUCGCACUGCCCACUAUUCUCUGGUGGCCCAGGUGUGCCAUACGGGCGCUGCUGCUAUCAGGCGAUGGUGUCCAUCCACCACAUCUCCCCCAGGGAGAUGCUGCAUUAUUGGGCUGAUGUCCAUUCUUCACAGUCCUGCUCCUGGUUGAGUCUACGUGCUUCUCUGGGGAUGUGCAAAGUCAGGGCGAUGCUCGGGUCAGCUCUGGGGCUCGAGCAGGGCUUGUGAGGGUUAUUGAAGAGGAAAACUGGACACAUUGGGGCUGGGCCUCGCUUCGAUACUGUGAACAGCACAAGUGCUCUUCAGGCUGUGAAGCUACACUAUGUUCACUGAGAAAAUGUCACAUUAUUUUUAUAGCUUUAUUUUUUUAAACAUUAUAAUGUAUUUAACUGGCUUUUUUGCAGAAAAAGGGACGAUCAGCUGGUAGAACUGAGAAUUGUCACAUUAGUCUUUAACCUAUCCUUGGACUGUUAUAGCAUCCUUAAUUGUUACACUUACACAUAUUGUAGAUGUAGAACUAACAACAUCGGCAUGCUGAUAGCGUACAGUGAGGAAAUACAGCCACUUAUGUGUACAUUGGAUAUAAGUAUUUCUAUUAACACACCAAGUCUUACUUCUAUAUGCUGCUAUAUUUCAUAUAAUUAUGUAGUAUAUCACAAGGUACUUCAAUUGUAGAUAUUAGUCUAUUAAGAUCCCUAAAUGCAUGAUGUUCCAAACACAGGUACAUAUUAUCAAACCACAGGCUUCAUAUACCCAGUAAUAUAAAAUAUAUACAUAUUAGUUAAAACCUUGUUGCUCAAAAUGGAAAAAUAAUCGCCUCAGUACAGGAUGUAUUCAAAGAACUUGAAAUACUUGAAAGUAUUGUGUUUUUCAAUAAUAAUAAAAAUGAUUGACCGGAUGGUUGGGCAGUGAAAUGCAUUUUGGCCAGUUCUGGAAAAACAGUUUCUCUUCCUUGUUUAUUCUGCUGCCUACAACCAAUAUAACCAUAAAACUGAUGUGGCACACAGCUAAAAUCCCACAUAGCUGCAGUAUGUAUAACUUGUUUUUGUGUGCUAGAUUAAACAUUAAACUGACUGUGAAGGGCAGGUUUAUCUGGUCUGAAUACAUUUUAAAAGACAGUUUCCUAUGUGUCUGGUUAAAGCCUCAUGCUUCCUCUUCUAGCCACAAAGUCAGUGUGUUUAUACUCAGGAAAUAUAUGUACUGUCACCAAUAAACUAU